GUUCCCGGGUGGACACCAAGGACCACCACACCCACAGCCCAUGCUCCCAAGUGGUUCGAACCCCGGACAGCCCCUAGGAAUGGGCGCGAUAGGAGGACCAGGAGGAGGGAUAGGAGGCCAAGCACAGGAUAUCCAGAGAAGGAUGUUAAUGCAACAGCAACUUGCGCAACAACGACGACGGAUACAGCAACAACGAGAACAACAACAAGCUCUGCCGACGGCGAUGGUUGGGAAUGGGUCUCUGCCUGGCCACGAUAUGGGUUUGAGUGGGAUGCCCGGGAUGGGAGGGAUGUCGAUGAGUCCGCCUCCGCCGGGUAGUGUAGGCGGGGCUCAAAGUGAUGGAGGUGGCCGUGGUAUGGGAUUAGGGCCACCACCGCCGGGAAGUGCGGGGAGUGUGAAUGGUGCGGGAGGGGGACAGCAGGGACAAGGGUUGGGUGGGAUGCAGGGAUGGUUCGCUACCUAAAAGGAUAUGGACAUUUGGAGGAAGGGUAUCGAGGAGGGUUGUCGGGGAAUGACGAUGAUCUCGCCGGCGCA